GAGUUUCCAUGCAACAUAAGUGCAUAAAACAUUUGUAUAUGUAUUCGUCACUUUCUUGUUAGCGGUACGCCACAGAUCAAAGAUUAUUUCGAAUGCCGCUUUGUGUUUAGGUUUGAAUUUAAGUAAGUACGGAGGUAUGGUUUCUACUCGAGGACCAAAAUUUAAAUUCUGUGAUGGUGAAAAAGUUCUUUGUUACGAACCUGAUCCUACGAAAGCGAAAGUAUUAUAUGACUCUAAGGUACUUGACGUCAUUGUUAACAAAGAUCAAAGAGGACGUAAAGCUGUUGAAUACCUAAUACAUUUUCAGGGAUGGAAUUCUUCUUGGGAUCGUUGUGUAACGGAGGAAUAUGUAUUAAAGGAUACAGAAGAAAAUCGUCAACUUCAAAGAGACCUAGCACAGAAAGCACAGCUACAAUUAGGAGCGUAUUUAUAUCGAAGAGAACGUAAAAAGAGAAGUCAUAAAUUACCUGAACGUUUAAAUGAAGCUGAAAGUCAAGAACCGAGGAGAAGAGCAAGAAGUGGUGGGAGCAGAGCAACAUCUGCAACAACUGGAUCAUCAGAAGAUGGCAGUUCAGGACAACAUGCUGAUUAUGAUACUGAAGAAGUUAUCACUGAAGAAGAUACAGAAAGCAGUUCAGAUUAUGUUGGUGAAACAAGCGAUGAUGAAGAUAGUGGUGGAGGAAGUCAAUCUGGCGCUAGUGUAAAGCCAGGAAUUGAUCUUGACAUAGGUACUACUUUAAGAAGAAUUCUGGAUCAAGAUCAUGAUUUGAUAACUAAUAAAAAUAAGCUAGCUGUUCUCCCUGCACAACCUACUGUUGCAAAUAUUUUAGAAUCGUGGGUUCAACACUUUACGACAACGCAAUUAACAAACAUUCCAGAAAAGCCACAAAGGAACAAAGCGAAUAAUACGAUAGAAAAGACAAUUAACGAAAUAAAUAUAUGCAGAGAAGUUGCCGAUGGAUUGCGUAUAUAUUUCGAUUUUACAUUACACGAUCUCCUUUUGUAUAGGCAAGAACAAGAACAAUAUUGUAAUUUAAAGUCUUCUUUCUUGUACACUGAACAUCCAACUCUUGUGAAAGAAGAACCAAUUGAGCACUCGGAGAUUUUAGUUAAAGAAGAAUACGAAGAUACCGAGUAUGCUCAUUUACCACCGUUUCAAGAACAUGACCAAGAAAUAGAUAUGUCGAAAGCAGUUGCAAACUCUAAGCGAAGAUUAAGAUCAAACAGAGUGAGUUCUAUCGAUGAAAAUAGACAAUUGAGAUCGUAUGAAGAAAUAAAACAAGAUACAGGAAAUUUAUCGAGUAUUGCAAGUACAAGUUCUCGUUGUUCUAGCCCACGCGGUAUAACGCUACGAGUCCCAGUUGUUACAUCUGCGCAAGUCAAUGCUUUACUACAACAAUCGAACAAAUGGAGAUUAGUACCUGACUCUGUGAAGCCUGAGAGUCUUCCAAAUCCUUCCACGUAUUAUGGUGCCAUUCACUUAACGCGACUGUUUGUUAAAUUACCAGACUUGUUGCAAUUAACAGAUAUACCACAUAAAAAAUUGAAGGUUCUUCUAAAAUACUUAGAUAUGUUCCUCAGUUAUUUAGAAAUGCACAGAGAAUGGUUUGGAGAACAAUUUUAUAUGCAAAUGGAAAGCCAAUUAAUAUCUCAAGCAAGUAAUUCUUAACAUAAUAAAAAUGAACAGUAUACUUUCUUUAUAUUCAUUUAUAUAGAUGUGAAUGUGUAUGCGUAUUACGUGAGAUGUACAGCAAGGAUGUAUGUUUGUGAAUUCGGUGUAAGUGAUAAACUGUUUUAUAUUAAUUA